UACCUUCCCAGUUCUUCCAACCUCCCCGAGAUAGAGAUAGUCAGGUAGUCAGAUAGGGAGAAAGGGAGAGAGAGAGAGAGGGGCGUAAUGUCGGUGCUGGGUCGGUGUUUGGGCGUACGGCGGGAGCGGCAGCUGCAGCGGGCGCUCCGCAAUGGCCGCCUCACUCUCAUCUGCCUCGUCCUCACCGUCGUCGUCCUCCGUGGAACUAUCGGCGCUGGCCGCUUCGGCACGCCCGAGAAGGACCUCCACGACCUCCGCCGCCUCCUCCACCGCCAGCAGCACCUCCCCCACCGCGCCCUCGCCGAGCAGCACCGGGACGCCUCCUUCUUGGCCGAUGACGCAGACGACCCCCCGCGCGAUCCCUCCGCCCCUUACUCCCUCGGCCCCCAGAUCUCCGAUUGGGACCAGCAGCGCGCGGAUUGGCUCCGCCGGCACCCUGACCGCCCCAGCUUCGUUUCCCCCAGCAAGCCCCGCGUGCUCCUCGUCACCGGUUCCUCCCCAGAGCCCUGUGAGAAUCCCGUCGGCGACUAUUUCCUCCUCAAGUUCAUCAAGAACAAGAUCGACUACUGCCGCGUCCAUGGCCUAGAGAUCUUCUACAAUAUGGCUAGCUUCGACGCCCAAAUGGCCGGCUUCUGGGCCAAGCUGCCGCUGAUCCGUUCGCUCCUCCUCUCCCAUCCCGAGGUUGAGUUUCUCUGGUGGAUGGACAGCGACGCUAUGUUCACGGACAUGGUCUUCGAGCUCCCUUGGGAGCGCUACGGCCCCUAUAACCUCGUGAUGCACGGUUGGGAGGAGAUGGUGUACGACGAACACAACUGGAUCGGCCUCAACACCGGCAGCUUUCUUCUUCGCAACUGCCAAUGGUCGCUAGAUCUCCUCGACGCCUGGGCGCCCAUGGGCCCUAAAGGAGAGACUCGAAUUGAGGCCGGCAAGGUCCUCACCGCCUACCUCAAGGACCGACCCGUCUUCGAGGCCGACGACCAGUCCGCCAUGGUCUAUCUCCUGGCCACCCAGCGGGAACGAUGGGGCGACAAGGUCCACCUCGAGAACGGAUACUACCUCCACGGCUACUGGGGCAUCCUCGUCGACCGCUUCGAGGAAAUGAUCCAGAAUGACCGCCCGGGACUCGGCGACCACCGCUGGCCCCUCGUCACCCACUUCGUCGGAUGCAAGCCCUGCGGCAAAUUCGGGGAUUAUUCAGUGGAGCGCUGCUUCAAACAGAUGGACCGCGCCUUCAAUUUCGGGGACAACCAGAUCCUGCAGAUGUAUGGCUUCACUCACAAAUCACUCAACAGUAGAAGCGUGAAACGGAUCCGGAACGAGACCGACAACCCCUUGGAUCUCAAGGAUGACCUAGGGCUGCUCCAUCCAGAAUUCAGGGCCGCCGCCAAGGUCACUCAAUCUUGACUAAAAACUCCAUUUUUUUUCUCUCUUUUCCAAUCUUUUUCUUCCCGUCUAGUCGAAUCUAGGGCUGCUUGAACAUCAUUUCUUCAAACGUAUAUUUAUGUGUGAUUUUGUUGAGCAUCAGAUCAAACUGGUUCCUGGUAUAUGAAUGUUCAUCUGAUCAUCUCGCUCA